AUGGAACAUUUUUUAAAUAAUGAUCAUGAUUCAAGUUUUUUUAAUCCAUCGUCACCAUUAAAUGAUAAUGAUUUUGGAUUGACCACAAGUGAAAAUAAUAACGAUAUGUCCACAAAUGAUAAUGAUCAAUCUAUACAGCAAAAUGAUAAUCAUUUUUUACAUGAUAAAUCUCCAUUCGUUGAUCGUGAUAAUGCACCACCGUCAACAACAGAGAAAAAAGAAACAGAAAUUGAAACUAGUAAACAACAACAACAACAACAACAGAACGACAACAGUAAACAAGAAAAAGAACAGCACGAAAGUAUUAAUAAAGAUUCAUUAUUAAACAAUCAAUUGUCACGAGAAGAUUUAAAACGUCGACGUUUAGAAUAUGAUGAAGAAGAAAAUAUUAAACUACAAGUAUUAGUAUCAAAUUUUAGCGAUGAACAAUUGAAUCGUUAUGAAAUGUAUCGUCGUUCAGCAUUUCCAAAAAUAACUAUUAAACGUUUAAUGCAAACAUUAACGGGCAAUGUACCAUCUCAAAAUGUUGUCAUUGCUAUGGCAGGUAUUGCCAAAGUAUUUGUAGGUGAAAUUGUUGAAAAAGCACUUCAAGUUAAAGAAGAAGAACAACAACAACAAGAACAUUCAGACGAUGAUAGUAAUAAUAGUAAUCAUCAGCAUACGACACCAAUUGAACCAAAACAUUUACGUGAAGCUUAUCGUCAAAUUAAAAAUCAAAAUCAUUUUACAAAAACAUGGCGAUCAAAACGUAAUUCAAGAUUCUAA